UAGUCCGAGACAACUACACAAGCACCAGAAUAUCAAUCCCCGUCACCACCCGCAACACUUCACAGCCAUGCUGUAUCGCAUAAGGUAGCUUCGCUUUUGACUUUCUUUGCUACGAUUUAACAAGAAAAUUGCCUCCAAGUAAACGAACAGCUCUUAUUAAUCAUGGUCACCAACCCGUAUUCUGUCCUCGAAACCUCCCCACGCGGUUCGCCUUCUGGGCCCCCCGCAUCGAGCUCCCAGACUCCCAGAAAGAAGCAUCGCGCAGUUCGGAAAAAUAAACGCCCAAGGCGAAAGUCCUUCGCUGCCCCUUCGGAUGAUUACGCUGGAGACCCAGUACCAAACGAUACCUCAGGCCGUGAGGGAUUCUACGCCCGAGGGAGAAACCUCAGCAAGGAGAGCAUAGAUAGCGAAGCUCUUUUAGAUCAUAGGGAUGCCCAGUAUCCACGGGCGAGGCGACCUUCUGCACUUGCAACAUCGUACUCGAUGCCCCAACCUCCUGCUGCCCGCAUUCGUAACAUGUCUUCUCGUCAAGGCGACCAAGCUGGGACCGAUACAGAGAACACCCCUUUACUAUCUGGCUCAGCUAGGUUAGAUGCUGAAUCGCCUCGGAGUUACGGCUUUCGCGAGGAGCAACGUAGGUGGGAGCAGCCCAAUAGCCGUCCUGGUUCUACCAAGUCGAGCAACAAGCCGCACACGGUUCUUCUGACGCCUGGCGGGAUGCACAAUAUCAACUACCCUCCCUCUAUGCCUGGAACGCCCCCCUUAGGUUCUAGGGAUCGGGGUGAUAUCAAUUUUGGCGAUGCCAUGAUGCGAGAUGGUCUAUCCUUAGAUAGGUCACCUGCUCGCAGCCUAACCGACGGCCAUGUUGAUCCAUUGCAGCAGUCAUCGUUUGAGAGGAGGCAGACAAUAGCACUACAGGCCUCUGAAGAUGUUUGUUUCCCUCAGGAGGGGAUGUCUGAAGUAGCGGACGAUGAGGUACAACGCGCCCGAGACAAAGGAAGCAUGCAGGGACGACGGCGACGUAAUAAGAAGUGGCCCGACCUAACCAUCCUCGAAGAGUGGUCUCGACUCGAGCAAGAGGACAAGAGUGAUGUUAGGCGUAUGAAGAAGAUUACAGAGCCGCAGCUAGUGAACGGACGGCUACGCCCAGUUCACCACAAGGGGUGGUUCCAGGUUGAGGAAGAUGCCCCUUAUCGCUUUACCUAUUUCAACGAAGAGCUUCAAAGCACUAUACACAGCCAGACUAUUUCCGAGCUUGUGCAACCAGACGCUACGUUUCGAGAGCUUUUCAUCCCAGAUCCGCCACUAUUAUCAGAUUCUUCGUCUGAUGACGAUGAGCUUUUAGAAGACGUAGUAAGCAUUAGCAGGGAAGGCGAAUCCUCUAAAGUCCCAACAAGACAACCAUCCUCAGCCACAAAUUUCGCUCUCGAGUCGCAAUUGGACCUGAACCUUUCACCGAAGGAGAAAUUUAUUGCUUCCAAGUCCCCUUCAAGACACACCUCCACCGGAUCAACGCCAAAGGGAUCGAAAUCCCCUUUGCGAGACAUGAAAUCCCCUUCCCCGGAUAGCGGUGAGAAGCCACGGUAUGGAGAGCGUCCUGUCUGGUGGCUUGAUGUUCUAAGCCCUACAGACUCAGAGAUGAAAACGCUUGCCAAAGCCUUUGGUAUUCACCCCCUCACGUCGGAGGAUAUCAUGCUUCAAGAACAGCGUGAGAAAGUCGAACUAUUCCGACACUAUUACUUCGUGAACUACCGCUCUUUUGACCAAGAUGCCAAUUCAGAAAAUCAUCUUGAACCAGUCAAUAUGUAUGUUGUGGUGUUCCGCGAGGGUGUUCUCUCCUUUCACUUUAGCCAAACGCCACAUCCAGCCAACGUGCGUCGCAGGAUACGACAGCUGAAGGACUUUAUGAUGCUUAGCUCUGAUUGGAUUAGUUACGCAAUCAUCGAUGACAUCACAGACGUCUAUCUCCCUCUUAUACAAAACAUUGAAGAAGAGGUGGACGAUAUUGAUGACAAAAUCUUGGAGCUGCACUCGUCCACUGACCCUGAUUCAUCAUCGCCAAAGCAGAGGCGGGGCAGUAGCACUGACGAGAAAACGAAUGCAUCAGAGGGAAAUGCAGAAGCGAGUGGGGACAUGUUGCGCCGUGUCGGUGACUGCAGAAAGAAAGUCAUGACUUUGUAUCGACUCCUAGGAAAUAAAGCCGAUGUCAUUAAGGGAUUUGCCAAGAGAUGUAAUGAGCACUGGGAGGUAGCCCCGCGGUCAGACAUUGGUUUAUACCUAGGCGAUAUCCAGGACCAUAUCGUGACCAUGAGUGCCAAUCUAAGCCACUACGAAAUGAUCCUCGCGCGCUGUCACGCCAACUAUAUCGCUCAGAUUAACAUCCGCAUGAACGAGCGAGCGGAGCAGACAGCUGAUGUCCUGGGUAAACUGACAGUCCUUGGCACCAUCGUUCUCCCCAUGAACAUCAUCACUGGUCUCUGGGGCAUGAACGUCUGGGUACCUGGGCAGGGAGCCGAGCAAGACCUGACUUGGUUCUUCGGCAUCACCGCCGGCUUGGUGCUCUUUGGUUUGACCUGCUUCUGGAUUGCCAAGAGGGUGUACAACAUCGUUUAAGGGAGCCCAGUACCAAAAGUCUCCCUCGCUUAUAUCUCUUUCUCAAUCGACGAAUGGAGAAAGAGGUGAUUUUCUUUUUCUUGUACCUCUUUUGUUUACUAUAUACGGCGGCAUCCACAUGCUUGC